AUGGGUUCUCUUCGUCUUCCAGGAGUAGGCCGACGUUGCACUUUUGAACUGGUGGUUAAUGAUGUUCCGGCCACUGCUUUGUUUGAUACGGGUUCACAAUUGACCAUCAUUCACCGUCCCUUCUACCAAAGAUAUCUAAGCCAUUUACCAUUGCAGCCUGUAGGAGCUAUGCCUGUAUUUGGGGUAGGACAGCGCCCCACUUAUAUGGAUGGGAGUGUAAACGUAUUAUUGCACAUUCCUGGAGUAAUGGGGGAGCGAGAUGAACCGGUUUCAGUGACUGCAUAUGUGGAUCUUCCAUCGGGAGGUAGAGAGACCACCCCGGUGAUUUUAGGCUCCAAUGUGAACGUGGUGGAGGAGGCCUUUUUGAGUCUUUUUCAGCCAAAGGCUGCAACUACUUCAAAUGCUGUACCUGGAGUUCCGGAAGUGUCUAAGUUUUGCCAGACUUCCAACCCAGAGUUGCCGGGAGGUUGUGUAGGAAACCGGUGGCAUCCUGUGGAGAUUCCACCAGGGGGAGUCUACAGCCUUAAAGUAUAUGUGGAGAUUGUGCCUGCUACUUGUGGUAGUUUUUACUUGUUGGAAACCAACCCGGUAGAAGCUGAUUUGAAUGGAUGGGAGAUAGUUCCUGAGAGGAAAGACUAUCGCUAUAGGUGCCCUCGAACAGAUGUGGUCACUGUCAAGAAUAUCACUUCUCACUCGGUGGUGAUACCUGCCUGGCGUACAGUGGCAUACUGUUAUCCCGUGGAGUGUGUAGAUUCGUGCCCUGUUCAAAUGGGGUCACCCGACGCUAAACUGGCUUUUCAUCUGGAAGAAGGUGAAGAUCCUCCAGAACAUCGAAGAAAGCUAGGAAGGCGACUAGCAUCAUACAGUGAUGUGUUCUCUGUGGAUGACAUGGACAUGGGAUGUGCUAGGCAUGCUGAACACCGAAUACGGUUGAGUGAUGCUACUCCUUUCCGAGAGAGGUCCAGGCGGAUUCCUCCUAGAGAUUUAGAGGAUGUCCGGAAUUAUCUAAAUAUGUUGCAGGAUCAGAAGAUAAUUGUAGAAUCUCGCAGUCCCUAUGCCUCUCCAAUUGUGAUAGUACGGAAGAAGAACGGCAGUGUUCGGCUGUGUGUGGAUUAUCGAACCCUUAACCGACGCACUAUACCCGAUCAGUAUACAUUACCUCGUAUUGAUGAGGAGCUUGAUGCAUUACAUGGAAGUGCUUGGUUUUCGGUGAUGGAUUUGAGGUCGGGGUAUUAUCAAAUUCCCAUGGACCCUGAGGAUCAAGAAAAGACUGCUUUUAUUUGCCCGUUAGGAUUUUAUCAAUUUACUCGAAUGCCUCAAGGCAUAAGUGGGGCUCCUGCCACAUUCCAGCGCCUUAUGGAAAAGGUGUUGGGAGAUUUAACUCCUCGACACUGUAUAGUGUAUUUGGAUGACAUUAUAGUGUUUGGGUCUACCUUGGAGGAACAUGAUAUUAGACUAUUUAAUGUGUUGGAGCAUCUCCGACAGGAAGGCUUAAAGCUCUCCCUGGACAAGUGCAAGUUUGCUCGGAAGUCUGUACGGUUUGUAGGACACAUAGUGUCUGCAGAUGGAGUUGAUACGGAUCCUGAAAAAGUAGCUGCUGUGCUAAGUUGGCCUAAACCCAGCAACGUGACUGAAUUGAGAUCGUUCUUGGGGUUUUGUGGAUAUUAUCGGCGGUUUGUGGAAGGAUAUUCUAAAAUUGCUCAUCCUCUGAAUGGAUUGUUGAAAGUGAGAUCUUCGGUGGCCUCCCAGUUUCAAAACAAUUGGUCUCUGGAAUGUGAAGAAGUUUUCCAGACUUUGAAGAAAAAGCUCACUGAAGCUCCUGUGCUGGCCUAUGCUGAUCCACAGAAACCUUAUGUUUUGCAUGUAGACGCAAGCUAUGAAGGUUUAGGGGGAAUACUCCACCAGGAAUAUCCUGAAGGUUUGAAACCCGUGGCCUAUGUCAGUCGGAGUAUCAGCAGCACUGAGAAGAAUUAUCCUGUGCAUAAAUUGGAGUUUUUGGCUCUAAAGUGGGCCAUUACUGAGAAACUGCAUGAUUAUCUAUAUGGAGCACAGUUUGAGGUAAGGACUGAUAAUAACCCACUGACCUACAUUUUAACCACUGCCAAAUUGGAUGCUGCAGGACAUCGAUGGUUGGCUGCUUUAACAAAUUAUCAGUUCUCAUUGAAAUACAAGUCGGGACCUAAGAAUGUGGGUGCAGAUGCUCUUUCCCGUCGCCCUGGGCUACCUCAGCAACCGGAUGAGGAUGAAUGGGAAGAGAUUCCCAGUUUGGCUAUUGCCGCUCACUGUGCCAAAGCGGCGGUGCAAGGACAACACAUAGCUUUCUCUGAGCUACGAGUGGUGGACUCUCUUGGGGCUGGAAAAGAUUGUAUUCCUGCUAUGUAUAGUUAUCCUACUGCAUUAGGGGUGCAUUAUUCUCUUCGACUAGGGAGAAAAGAUAUGAUUCAACUACAAAAGAAAGAUCCUGUGAUUCGACAUGUGAGAGAAUCUGUUAUCAGGAAAGACCCUGAGUAUAUAAAGAGAGAAAUACCGAAGGAGAGUAGUUCCUUCUUGAGAGAAUCGGAUAAGCUGAGAAUUAUUGAUGGUCUCCUUUAUAGGGUGCAGCUAUAUCAUGAUCACCCUGGUAGGAGACAACUAGUGCUUCCUCAAAGUUAUAGAAAAAUUGUUCCUCCUGUGGGUGACGAGAUGGAUCCUGUGUGUGACACCAAUGAUGUUUCCAAUGGGAGCGAAUUGGAAGAGAGUGUGAACAAUGACUGGUUUUUACCCUCAGAAGAUCCGGUGGCUCCCACAAAGCUGCACCAUGACCAAGGGCGAGAGUUUGAAAAUGAGUUGUUCCAUACUCUUCGGCAACUGGCAGUUCCCUGCCAGUACCUCGCUUAUGGACUUGUUUCACACUUCCUUGUUGGCUUCUGCAACAGAAAGCCCAGGCGCCCCAAAAGGGCAUUGCUGAACACCGGUACCCACAGGGUCCACCUGUGUGUCCAAAGCUGUUUCUGUGGUGAUGAGUACCUGGAAUGGUCCUUCCCAGCACAGCUGAAGAACUUUGGCAACGUGUCUUUUUAUGAGGACCCAAUCUCCUGGAAUGAGAGCCUACAAACCCGGAACAUCCGCUGGAUCUGGUAA